AUGAUAGUGGUGCUGAUCCCACAAUAUGGGAACUGCUACAUGUUCAACACAGCCUGGAAUCCAAAAGAUCCAAGUGGAGGGAAGAGGGUAUCAAGCAAAACAGGAGACGAAACAGGUUUAUCUCUGGAGCUGUUCGUGGAUCAAACGGAUUAUAUCAAGAGCUCAGUUGCAUCAAGCGUUGGAGCCAUAGUCACCAUUCAUUCCCCAAACGAAUGGCCGAAUCCCAUUGAACAGGGAUACAUCGUUCAGCCCAACACUCGCAAUGUUUUCGCAUUACAAGCACAAUGUGAGAGGCUGAGAACGGCAGCCGAGAUUGCCAAGACAUGCAAAUGUCUCGACCCUGGAAUCCAGGACAAUUUUCUUCACGAUGGGGUAUCCUACCUGCGCUAUCAUAAAUGCAACAUCAGCAUUGGAAGGAUUCGCUCACGAAACGCUGAAAAUGGCUAUUAUUGGUCUCACCAGAGCAAUUUGGUGGCCCUUGCGGUUGUCAAGCAAGGACUGGAUGGUGCCCUCUCCUCGCUUCGCGGCACAGAGGAGUUCAAUAAGGUAACGGAACAGUUCCGGAAAGAGGUGCUGAAGGUGGAGGUCUUUUUUCGGUCCCUCAACAUCCAAGUGAUCCAGGAACAACCCAAAUACGAUUACCAUGUUCCUGGGUUCCUUGGGGUACCCAUUCCCAUUUAUAGGGAAGUGGAAUGCAACCAGAAUGCCAAUGACAACAUAACAUGGUAA